GUACAACAUGGCCCUAUAAGCAGAAAUAGCUGAACACAUCCGUGUUAAAGAACACUAUACGGAGCCUUACAUAAUCACCGCACACUAGUUGUGAAGCAUCAUGGGAGGUCAGCUGUCCAUCGAUGAGAAAGUCCAUGUGGUGAUUGUUGGCGGUGGUUUUGGAGGCAUUGCAGCCGCUCAACACCUUAAACAUCAUGGGGUGCCCUUCAUGCUCAUUGACAUCCUGGAUGCGUUUCAUCACAACGUUGCAGCGCUGCGUGCCUCAGUUCAAGCUGGUUUUGCGAAACAGACGUUCAUACCAUACAAAGAGACAUUUGGACUGAACUUCCUCCAAGGCCGUGUCAUACAGAUAGACACAGAAACGCAGACUGUGGUACUUGACAAUGGAAAGCAAAUACGGUACUCACACCUCAUUCUGUGCACCGGAACAAGCGGACAUUUCCCAGGAAAACACAAUUCGGUGGACACCUACCAGUCAGCCAUUCAGAAGUAUGAGAACUUUGUCAAAGUGAUCCAGGAGGCGAGCGCGGUCGUAGUUGUCGGAGGCGGGACCACGGGUGUUGAACUGGCUGCUGAGAUCAGGACUGAAUUUACCGACAAGAAGGUGACUCUGAUCCACCCGCGUGAGGAGGUGGCUGAUCCUGAUCUGUUGCCGUCUGUCAAAGAACAAGCCAAACAGGUGCUGCUGAAAAAGGGGGUGGAGCUUCUGCUAGGACAGAAAGUGACAAACCUCGAUGAUCUGCAACUGAAUGUGUUUCGGAAAGACAUGGUGGUCAAGACCAAUAAAAAUGAGCAGGUCGUUGCUGAUCUAGUCAUCUGCUGCACAGGGAGUAAAAUCAACUCUGAAGCAUACAGGUCCAGUCUUAAUGCAUGCAUGACAGAGAGUGGAGCUCUGAAGGUGAACCAGCACCUGCAAGUAGAAGGCUUUGACAAUGUGUAUGCUGUGGGUGACUGCGUCAAUCUCAAAGAACCCAAGAUGGCGUAUCAUGCCGGACUUCACGCUGCGGUUGCUGCCACCAAUAUCAUAAACAGUUUGACGGGAAAAUCUUUAACCUCAUAUCGCACAGGAAAUGUGACUAUGCUGAUCGCUAUGGGCAAGGAUGCUGGAGUAGGCCAGUUUAACGGCUGUAAACUACCUCAGUUUCUGGUCACCAAGGGAAAGAGCCAAAGCUUGCUGCUGUGGAAGAGCUGGAGGGAAAUGGGCCAAAAAGCCCCUAACUGACACAAGGUUAUCAAAAGGGUUUACAUCAUACUCAAAAUGUAUAUGUUAACUAUGUUAAGUAUAACACAGUUCCAUCUUACUUGAUUACUUUUUUAUAAAAUAAUUUUUACAUUUAUCAUUGUCUUAUUAAAUUAAGCCAACAGAAGGAAGCUUCAUAUUGUACAAAUAACAGAGAUUAUAUACUUCUAUAUAACAUUGCUCGUAAUAUUUUGUAGAACAAUCAAAUGCACCGUUUUAUAGUACUUUGUUCUAGUGUCUUCCUGCAUUGAUCACGUGACGUGUGAUAACUUAUUGGUGUUUCUCCACUAGAGGGCAACAUAUAUCAAAUCAUUGUAGCCCGGACAAUGAAACAAGAUGAUGCUGAGUCAUAGAUUUGGUUUUUCACAAUUGCAUAUUGAAAUCAAUAUCUAAAAAUGCACAAAUGGACGCAGUGAGUUCACUCGGUGAAUGCCUUUACUCACGUUGUUUUCUGAGUGAAUUCACGCUGGAGAAUGGAGGAUUAGCCUAAAUCAGUUUUUAAGAAGCCAUUAAAGCGCCUAAUCAGGUUUGUUUCAUGCAUCACAUAUCAACGGAGUGGUGAUAUCACGUUGGAGCUAAAAGGGUUGUUUUUGCAGUUUACAUUCAAUUUAGUGUAAAAGGUCUAUUGGCUGUUCAUUAAAAUAAUAAAUAUUAAUUUGCAGUGCGUUCAUCUGAUUGAAAAGAUAAGUGCACUGCACUAUAAGACGCACUGCCAAGAGAACUGGAGAUGUUCACAAAGAGCUGGAAAUCUCUGCAAAAUGCCCCGUAAUGCUGCAGUCAUGUCUGGAGCUGGUGGAAGGCCGUUGGUAUUUAGUGUUUAAGUCUUGAUAUAUUGUCCUGAAAUCAAGGCACUGUGUUUUUUUUAUAUCACAUUACACAUCUUUGCCGGUUGGCCUUGGAUACAAGUGGUCUUUAAAUGCAAUGCUGCCAUAAAUUGUAACUCUGAAAAGCUCACAAGCUCCCAACCCAUUGUUUGAGUCGAGGCACACAGGCGCUGAUUCAAUUCAGAGCUUGCUUACUCCGAUACGAAUGUCAGUUAGCAUUUUUUAUGUCUGUUCAUGUUUGUCAUUUGUUGUUCUUAUUGUUAAGGAUGAUCUUUGCCAUGCAGGUUUAUAUUGUUUCAACUUGUAUUUUUAAAAGUUAUCUGUAUGAACUGAGCGGUUUAAAUUAAGACUUCUGAAGAAACACAGUCAGUUUAUAUAAAAGAUUUAACUUUGAAUAAAACAUUGACAAUAGCCUAAAGCUACAUAAUAAACUUAUGCAUCAAGUAAGCAUGUUUGUUACUUUCCCUUUAAGACUAAAACAAAUUUGGAUAGAAAAUAACUGCUAAUACUUAACUAGAAUUAUUGAAGGUUGUUUCAAUGAGACUUAUAACAUCAUUAUAUGUUUUAUGAAAGUUAUGACAUCCUUCACUGUAAAGAGCCAUCAGCAAUUUCCUGUAUCAGCGUCAAGAUAUACUGUAUAACUAAAUCACUGUCGAGUUUAAGAUUUAUUCAAUAAAGAGAGGCAGCAGCA